AUAACAUUCUCUGUGUUCCAAGUGACCACAACAAGUAUUACGGUGCGAUGGAGUCGUUACUCCAACGCAGAGCUCCUACAAAAUCACCGCCACGCCAAAGAACUCUCCUGAACAGUCCAUCUUCGCCCAAUUCAGCGGGAACUCCGUAAUGGGCUCUGUCAACGCUCUCUCCCCCAAUAUGGUGUACACCAUGCGGGUCGAGGCCAUGGACAACACGGGCAACGUCCUGAGCUGUGCAGAGUUGGAGAGGAGCUCAUGUACG